CUUGAUUUAAUGUGUUGCUAUUUUAUGUAUGACAUGUAUUUUUGCAAUGAAAAUCAUACAUUGUAUAAUUUAUACAACGCGUUCAAAAUCUAGGGAUCACAAAACUUUGGAACCAGCCAUAUAACAUCAAUGUACUUUUCAAUAACAAACAUGGCUAUUCAGAUAGCACUUUAGUGACACACUCACACCUUCUGCAUAUUCAUACUGACUUCAUGAUGUGUUUUACAGCCUCAAUAAAUGACGCCUGUGUCUUUAAAGGUUUGAUGGAUUAAUGGUCUGAAGUGACUGCAUUUCUCCAGCCGUCUGGAGAGAGGGAAAUCCACGCGUUACGAAACCCCAAAGCUCUGCAAUUCCAAACCGAGUAUUUUUUUCCAGUUCCGAUCUAUUUAGUUGCAAAUAUAAUCCGCUCUCCUUUAAGAUGUUGCAUGGUUCCUGUCAACGGUGGUAUUCUUGUUUACUCCCGCCCGUUCGCUUCCCCCUCCCCAAAACAAGAAAGCAGUAGACAAGACUAAACUGGCUGGUACGCGCUUCGUCGCGAUCUCCACAACGCACCGGGUGUGUAUGUAUAUGCCUUGUAAGAAUUCAAAUAGAGGCGAAUUGAUUUAAGCAAUUUCGAUUUAGUGACUUGCGAAAGCUUAAGAGGUUUUUCGGCCUACGUUGCGAUUUUAUAGCUGGUCAGAAUUAUUGGAGACGGAUACCCCAGAAAGGCGCGUCGGGAAGCUUAUUUUUGCCGGCAAAUAAUGGAUUACCUAGUGUAUUUUAAUCGAAGAACGAACCUUUGUCACGAUCAUACGACGCCAAUACCGUCUGAAAAGGGACUACAGUAUAUCCAAUCCGCGAUCGCCAGAAGGAAUGAUGUAGAUGGAUCUCUUAGAGGUAUGACAAUAUAAACAAACGACAUCAUAUUCGAUAUUCUUUGGUAUAUAUUUGAAAUGUGGGGGACCGGGACUGCUUGAUGUCGGAUUACAGAGCCUGCUGGGCUUGCUUGUCGACAGUGUGCCUGCGCAGAUGGCGAACACAAGCGAUCCAGGAGAAAGCAACCCAUCGCUCCAGAAUUACGCCAUCACCGCGUCUGCGGUCAAAUUGGCAUCUUUGGGUCUCAUCACGUGCAUCAGCCUGCUCGGGAACAUCGUGUUGUCCCUGCUGGUGCUGAAAGACAGCACCCUUCACAAAGCUCCGUAUUAUUUCCUCCUCGACCUGUGCGCAGCGGACAUCAUCCGCUCGGCCGUGUGCUUCCCGUUCGUGAUGAUCUCCAUCGACAACGGCUCGUCGUGGAGCUACAGCAUCCUCAGCUGCAAGAUCGUCGCGUUCAUGGCCGUGCUGUUCUGCUUUCACAUCGCGUUUUUGCUCUUCUGCGUCAGCGUUACGCGCUACAUGGCCAUCGCGCACCACCGGUUCUACUCCAAACGCAUGACGUUGUGGACGUGCGUCGCGGUUAUAUGCAUGGUCUGGACCCUGUCUGUCGCCAUGGCCUUCCCCCCUGUUUUCGACGUGGGGACUUAUAAAUUUAUCCGCGAGGAAGAGCAAUGCAUUUUCGAGCACAGGUACGUGAAAGCCAACGACACGUUGGGCUUCAUGCUAAUGCUGGCUGUGAUCGUGGGCACGACGCAUGUGGUUUAUAUCAAAAUGCUCUGCUUUGUUUACGACCACCGUAAAAUGAAACCCGCCCAGCUGGUUCCGGCUAUCAGCCAGAACUGGACUUUUCACGGACCGGGGGCGACGGGACAGGCCGCCGCCAACUGGAUCGCUGGGUUCGGACGCGGCCCGACGCCGCCGACGCUGGUGGGCAUCAGGCAAGCGUCGCACAACGCCAACCGCAGGCUGCUCGUCCUGGACGAGUUCAAGAUGGAGAAACGAAUCGGGAAGAUGUAUUACAUGAUCACGUUGGUCUUUCUGCUUUUCUGGGCCCCUUAUAUUGUCUCGUGUUACAUCCGGGUGUUUGUGAAAGGAAACGCGGUUCCUCAGGUGUACCUGACAGCAGCCGUAUGGUUGACGUUCGCCCAAGCGGGGGCAAACCCCAUCAUAUGUUUUAUAUUUAAUAAGGAGCUGAGAAUGAGACUCAGAGCUUGUUUUCCUUACUGCCUGACUACACAGACGCCCAUGGAGCCCUACUGUGUUAUCUGAUGAUAUAGAUUUCUUCACAUUAGACUCUAAAGGUUCCUAUAAGGUUCUAGGUUGGAAUGUAUGGUUCCUUAACAUCCACAGAACCUCUAUGUUGCACAAAAGGUUUUUUGUAGUGGAAAAUGGUUUUACAGAUUGUAAGAAAGAAAUGUUUUCUUUCUUAGCACCUUUACUUUUAAGAAUAUAUUAUUAGACUUUGGUUUAACAUUUUUUAUUACACUGUCAGAAAAAAAAUGUUAGAAUAAUGGUCUAUGGUGCGGUACCCUUUCAAAAAGUACACAUUUGCACCUAAAGUGUUCAUAUUGGUACCUCAAAGGUACAUAUUGGUUCCUAGUUGUAUACAUAUAAGUAAAUUUUUAAAAAGUCCUACCCCAUGGGGUCAACUACGGUUCAUUUUUUCUGACAGUGUAGCUCUGUUUGCUUAUCUACAAGCAGUGUCCCAACUUUACAGUGUAUUAUUUUUAUGUAGGCCUACUUGUGCUUAUACUUAUCUUUAUGACACUUUUAUAUUUUGUUAUGUACACUCAAAAAAAAAAAAAAAUGCUGGGUUAUUUUCAACCCAGCAUUGGGUCAAAAAGAGACAAGCCCAGCAGCUGGGUUAAAAUAAAUCCAUAUAUAUAUAUUUGUAUAUAUUUGACCCAUCAAUGGGUUAAAACAACCCAGAUUUUUGAGUUGAAACAACCCACACGCUGGGCUUGAAAUAACCCAGCAUUUUUAUUUAUUUAUUAUAAUGCAAUGGCAUUCAUCUAAGUGUGCGAAUAGUUUCUGGGGUCACUGUUGCGUACUGUAUUUAUGCGAGGUUCCUUCAUUGAGAGGUGAAACCAGACCCGUUUCACUAUUGCAUAUCAGAAGAUUCAAAUCCAAGAUUAUGCAAUCCAAAUAUUAUUGUAAAUAAUGUAAAAAGAGUAUUUAUAUUCUGGAGCUCUUAAUAUAUUUGCUAUGACCUUGAUAGACUUUUUUGUGUGAAUAAAACAUCCAGCGGCUUUUUACUAUCACAUGGACACGGUCGAUUUAAACUGAUACUGGACAGUUGUGUUCAAUGGAGGUGAACAUUCAUAUUUGACUUUUGGAAUCGGUAUUGAGGUGAGCGUAAUUUGUAUUUUAAUUCUAAUAAACAGUUCAUUAUAUAAUGUACUGUGUUGAUGUGCUAAACAAGAAUCAAAUGCAAGAAAAUGGGUAUUAUAAAGGUUUUAAGGGAACUCAAACUGAUGUAAAUGCCUUUUUUAUUUAUAUUUUCCUAAUCCUCUGUUUUAUUAUUUAUUCUUAGAUGGGAAAAGACAUGAUGUGAUAUUUCAGACUUAUCCAAUGAGGAAUUUUUGUGUUUUCAUCUCCCCAAUCUUCCUACCGACAGUUAUAUAAUACAGAGACCCUUUUUCCUGAACCUCCCCUUAACUCCAUCUCUGUAUUCAUUUGAUCUCAUGUGCUGCACUGAAUGAAUGGAGGUCACUGGAGAUAGUUGUGUAAUCAUAUUAUUUUUUCUUUAAUAAGUGUAAACAGUGCAUCAUUAAAAACCCAAUGAGAGGAAGUAUAGGUCAAAACGGAAGAACUAUCAGGAAUAAUGAGGGAAAAUGUUAAUACCUUUUCAUAGCUCAGGAGGUUUGAUGUAAUUCUCAGUUGUUUCAUUUAAGUAUCAUCUUAAUCUCAGAUGUGUAUCCUAACAUUGCUUAGGAUAUAUAAAACUGAAACAAAUCAGACAAUUGUUAAAAUAAAUCAAGUAUGAAGUAAAAUACAUACACUGUAUUGUAGAAGUAAAAUAAUAUGGAUUUGUGUAAGUCUGAUGACAAUUAUUUGAGUUCAGAUUGAAUAAUAUUGACUGCAUAUUUGGCAAAUCUGAGCUCAGUUUGUGACUUCUUGUGAAACUUCAAUGGAGACGUUUGUGAGAUUUCUGCAUCUUUUUCUCUUGAGAAACAUCAGAGACACAGGAGACUUGGGCAUCUAUUAUGCAAAUCCACUUUUACUUGGUGUUUGGAACACAACCACCCUAAGAUGAAAAAAAACACCCGCUCCUUGUUUUUGAAUUCCCAUUAAACCAAAGCAGUUUUAUUAGACAUGCCGUUUUGACUCUCUUAUCAAUGUGAGGUCAUAUUGAUAAAGCCCCGCCCACUAACAGUCCCGCAUUACCAUAGUUUCCACCCUCAGCGAGUUGUACUCUCUCCACUAGAUACUAUUGUAUAAAUCAGAUCUAUUUUAACUGAAAGCACUCACUGUCUAUUUGUAAGGAAGUGAAGAGCUGUAGCUUAUUUGCAAUUAAAGGUACAGACAUUAAAACAGCACAUUUUUGCUCCCACCGAAAUAGGGGCAUUUUGGACAUGCUAUAAUAAAUGAUCUGUGGGGCAUUUUGACCUGAAGCUUCACAUACACACACUGGUCACACCUGAGACUUAUAUUACAUCUUGUAAAAAGGCCAUAAUAAGUGCCCUUUAAGCAAAAGUUUACAUUUACUACCUUUUAAUCUCACUGAUACCUAGGAGAAAUAAUUCGGAUGUCAA